GGCGUCAGCAGGGCGGAUCUCUUCUACUUUUGAAUCGCAUGAUUAGGAGCGUGUAGAUGAGUCUCGUGCGUCUCGUGCUUCUCUGAGCCUCUGCUGGUUUAAACUUGAGAGAAACCUGCUCAUCAGCUGCUCACACACUGUGACCGUCAACAUGGCCUCCUCAGAGCUCGCUCUCCUCAGUGUCUCGGAUAAAACCGGUCUCCUGGACUUCGCUCAGAAGCUGCUGGAUGUGGGUCUGUCUCUGGUCGCCUCGGGUGGGACAGCCAAAGCCCUGCGUGAAGCGGGACUGGCUGUCAGGGACGUGUCCGAGCUAACCGGACACCCAGAGAUGCUGGGGGGCAGAGUGAAGACCCUGCACCCGGCCGUCCACGGAGGCAUCCUGGCCAGGAAGACCCCCGCAGACACCGCGGACAUGGAGAAGCUGGGCUACGGCCUGGUCAGAGUGGUGGUGUGCAACCUCUACCCCUUUGUGAAGACGAUCUCUAACCCAGAUGUUACAGUGGAGGAUGCUGUGGAGCAGAUUGAUAUUGGUGGAGUAACUCUGCUGAGAGCAGCAGCCAAAAAUCAUGCUCGAGUCACUAUUGUGUGCGAUCCUGCCGACUAUUCACUGGUUGCCAAGGAGAUGGAGGGUUCAGGGGACAGAGACACAACCCUGGAAACGCGCAGGACUCUGGCCCUUAAAGCCUUCACGCACACAGCCCUGUACGAUGACGCCAUAUCGGACUACUUUCGCAGAGAGUUCAGCUCUGGUGUUUCCCAGCUGCCUCUGCGUUAUGGCAUGAACCCCCACCAAGCGCCGGCCCAACUCUACACCCUGCGCCCAGCCCUCCCCCUCAAAGUGGUCAACGGUUCCCCCGGCUUUAUCAACCUGUGUGAUGCCCUGAACGCCUGGCAGCUGGUCAAAGAGUUAAAGAGUGCCCUCGGCUUGGCUGCUGCGGCCUCCUUCAAACAUGUCAGCCCUGCUGGAGCUGCUGUAGGCGUUCCUCUGACUGAGGAGGAAGCCAGAGUGUGCAUGGUGCACGACAUGUUAAAGGAUCUCAGCCCGCUGGCCACAGCCUACGCCAGGGCAAGAGGCUCCGACAGGAUGUCUUCUUUUGGAGACUUCAUCGCUUUGUCAGAUGUGUGUGACGUUCCCACCGCUAAGAUUAUAUCCAGAGAGGUGUCUGAUGGUAUCAUUGCUCCUGGUUACGAUGAGGAGGCGCUCAAGAUCCUCUCCAAAAAGAAGGGAGGAAAAUACUGUGUGCUUCAGAUGGAUCCAGACUACGAGCCUGAAGAGGCCGAGGUGAGAGUGUUAUUUGGUCUCCAUCUCAAACAAAAGAGGAACGGAGGCGUUAUCGAUAAGGAAUUCUUCAACAACGUUGUUUCCAAUGGCUCUCUUUCUGAGGAAGCGGUGCGUGACCUCACGGUGGCCACGAUCGCCGUCAAGUACACUCAGUCCAACUCUGUCUGCUACGCUAAAGAUGGACAGGUCAUUGGUAUUGGGGCGGGUCAACAGUCGCGUAUCCAUUGCACACGGCUGGCAGGUGACAAAGCUGAUAACUGGUGGCUGAGACACCACCCGCGUGUCCUGAACAUGAAGUUUCGCGGCGGGGUGAAGCGGGCGGAGAUGGCCAAUGCAAUCGACCAAUAUGUGAGCAACACUAUUGGAGAGGGUCCAGACCUGGAAAUUUGGAAGUCCAUGUAUGAUGAGGAGCCUGAGUCUCUGUCGGAGACUGAGAAGAAGAACUGGAUCAGCUCCCUGCAGGCAGUGGCCGUCAGCUCUGACGCCUUCUUCCCCUUCAGAGACAACAUCGAUCGUGCCAAGCAGAGUGGUGUCGCAUACAUCGCGGCUCCGGCAGGUUCCGCUGCCGACCAGAUUGUGAUCAAAGCCUGUAACGAGCAGGGCAUCGCUCUGGUCCACACCAACCUGCGGCUCUUCCACCACUGAGCAUCUUGUUUUUCCAAGUUUGCUUAUUAGGGUAAUUCCUUUCUAUCAUUGCUGUAACUUGGAACAUCCCUACCUGCAUCACUAAAGUGAUUCCGAACUGCAUCCCUGACUUGUGAUCCCAACAUGAGACACAAACUGUUAAUUGUACGUUUAUCACAUUUCAGCGCUUAAUAAACUGUAAAUGACAGUUAA